AUGAAACACGUUUCUUCAGCUGUCCACCAUACUAUCCAAAACUACCAGCUCACAUCCAAAUCGAAGCUGUACCGGCGGCUCACGCCGAAAAAUGAAAAAAAAAUCGCCGAAACCAUCGUUUCGAACAACCAGGCCAAGCAGUUGAUGGAAUUGAUCAACAAAAGAGACUACUACACCAAGCGCAUCUACGAAUUGCUCAAUAGUGCCGGAGAGGAAACAGAUCCUCGGCUCAUAGACGAUCUUUCCGAAGCAGAACACUACUUGGAGCGCAGGUUCACCCGGCAAGUGGAGAAAAUGGACCAGGUCAAGGCACUUAUCGAGAAACAUCUUCGGUUCCAGAAGGAAAAGACGGCAGAGCACAAGGCGAUUCUCGAGAAGUAUGCCGAUAAGGGCCAAAGCUACCAGGGCCUCUCGAAACUCAAGAAGUUGAAUAGCAAUGCUGAGAGAGACCGGAGUGUGGCCAAAGAAAAGGAGCUUGCUUCAUUCUACAAGGAAGUGAUGCAGAUGCAGAAACGGUAUGCGGCCGAGUCACAGGCGAUGCUCUGCGAGCUACAGGUGCCUUUUUUCGCUGGCGGAAACAAGACAGACGUGGCAAAACAAGAGCAUGUUUUGCAGGUACUAUACAAGUUGGCGGACGUCAAGUAG